UAAUAUUUUAAAACAGCGAAUACACAGGGUAUGAGUUUGUUGACCGACUGACGACAAGAAUGGCUUGGCUGCACGCGCCGAGGUCGGCAGCGCCGUCUGCGCCGCCGCCGAUGUUCCGUCUGGCAUGCUACAUUCUCCUCACACUUUGCUUCUGUGCUACACUUGUGCUGCAUUUCAUCGCGUCGGUCCUGAUCGGGACGUGGGCGUUGGUGAUUUGGGUCCACGCGUGGAUACAACGAACGGGAGACUUCCACGACCGCGUCCAGGGUCUCGUAUCCAUCUACCGAAGGUCGUGGCUGGCGCUGUACAAGUUUGACGCAUAUGACUUAUGCUGGUACGAUCGGCGACUUGUCCACGAGUUGCACGUCCCACGCGACGAAGACGAAGUCGCCAACCCAUGGCCGCAACUCGGGUACUUGUAUCUGUGGCGCGGCCUCGUGGGUUCGUGCACGGCCAUCGUGCCGACGGCGUUUUGGGCCAUAUCGGUGUUCUACUUUGUGGAAUUCUUCAAUACCCCCUCGACAACCACAGACAGCAUGGACCCCGUCAUGGUGGACUCGACAACGUUGACGCCGCCUUGGGUGUACUUGCUCCAUGGUUGCGCGUACAUUUCGCUUGGCAUUGCAUGUGCAAACGCGCUCAUUCCGUGGUGCAUUCGGUGGUGCGUCCAGAGCAACGUGCUCCUGUUUCCGUCGGUCAAUUACAACUUGCAUUACGACCAAGCCGCGCCGCUCGUGGAGAAAGCCCAUCGACGUUCGUCUCGAACAAACUCUGCCACAUCCACGACACUGCGAUCUUUCCUCGACACGGUGAACGGACUCGAGCCCGUCGUCGCCGUUGAACUCAAGAAUGGUCAUGAGCACGCGAUAGCACGUGAAGUCACCUUGCAAUGUUUGGCGCUCAUCGACGAGCUCUUGGAGCUUUUUCAUGAGCAUGUUUCGCCACCCGCUUGGCCGUCCACUCUGUUGGAUUGGAUCGAAUCGACGCUGACAAAUUUGCGUGGCACCUUCACGAAACUUGAUGACCCCCAACUGACCGCGCUACAGAAUCGGGUACGCGCAACCCUGGCACGGCUGAGAACGAGCGAAUGCGCCCCGUCCCCCUCUGCUACGGCAGUGCUUCACGGGGCGAUGCCGGCAACGCACCUCGUGGACGAGCCGUAUGAAAGUGCAGUCAGUGCUGCAUGUGUACCAUGUCCUCAACAGGCUGCGGCGCGUCAUCCAGACGACAGUGUCGAUGCUGAAUGCAUCCAACACGAUUGCGAGGACAGCCUCGUCGAUCUUGGCGACCUCAACGUCAUGCACGACAUGCCGACACGACAAAAGCGACCGACUGCGUUGACCCAGCUCGAUCCUGACACGGAAUACCACGAACUGUCGCCCACGGCCGCCGGAGGAAGCGCCCCUGCCAUGUACGGCGACCUGUCGCCACGCGCGUCGCCAUCCAUCGAGUCUGUCCACGGCGUGUUUCGAUCCAUCGGGGCGGCCCACCCGACCGACCACGAUCAGGUGGCGCAUUUGGACGCAGUGCACUUUCAGGCGUACGCGCCGCCGAUAGUUGCCGCCAUGUCGACGUUUGAGUUUGCCAUUUGGGCCUUCUUGGUGCACCAACGCGACGACGUUCGGGAGCAUGCCGUGACGAGUGCGCUGUCGCGGGAAGUGCUGCUGCCGGUGCGUCGCGGCGCACUUGUCCACGUGACACUCCAAGUACCGGAUGGAUUCGUCCUGGUCGACGAGCCGACGAAAGCGUUGGAUUGGCAGGGCGAUAUCACAAACGUCCAGUACCAAGUGCGGUGCCCUUCCAGUGCCACGGCCGGCCAAGCCAUGUUUCAAGCUACGAUUGUCGUCGGCGCCAAAGUGAUGAUGCUCCGGGCAUACUUGUUUGUAUCGGCGACCCGCAUGAACGACGACGAUGACGACGUGGUGGCUGCCCUCUCGUGCGAGUUGGAGCCACUGGAAGCGUCGUUCCACGAGAUAUCGUUUGACGAGCUGGCCCUCCACGACGGGGCACUUGUAGGGUCUGGGCACUAUGGCGACGCCGUCCGCGCAACUUAUCGCGGAAAAGAGGUUGUAGUCAAAACGCUUCGCUGGGACGCGGUGGACGGCCCGUCGGCGGACGUUGUCGAGAGCUUCCGGCACGAAGCGGCCGUCCUCAACAUGUUUGGCCACCACCCCAAUAUCGUGCCGUUUGUCGGGGCAGCCACGGACGAGUCCAAGCCGCUGGCCCUCGUCACCGAGUACUUGCCGUACGGAAGCAUUGCCGACACCUUUGCCAAGUCGUCGUUGUCCGUGGCGCAGAAGGAAACGAUUUUGUACGACGCUGCAGCCGGGCUCUUGAAUGUUCACGAAGGCGGGUUUGUCCAUCGCGACGUUGCAGCGCGAAAUGUGCUGAUCGACCCGCGAGGUCGGGGCAAGCUGUGUGACUUUGGGCUGUGUCGGCGUGUCGAUGCCGCCAUGGGGGGGUCGCAUUUCGAACGAGGCGAGUUCCCGCUGCGGUACAUGGCCCCAGAAUCGCUCCAACCGCCCCACGCGUUUUCGUACCAGUCGGACGCGUACAUGUUUGGCGUGCUAAUGUGGGAGACGUUUACGGAGCAAACGCCGUUCGCGUCGCUGGCACCGCGCGAAGCCGCGGCCCUCGUCCUCGAAGGCCAUCGACUCGAGUGCAACAAGGAUGUGGCUGUCAUCCCGCUCAAGUACCAGCGCCUCAUAGAAGGAUGCUUUGCAGACGACCCGUCCAAGCGCGUGUCGAUGGUCGACUUGGUCCAUGCACUCGGUCGGUUUAAUGUCGUGUAAUAAGUUAAUGACGUGUGCCGUGUACAAGGGA